CAUUAUUAUAUUUUCUGCUUCUAUCCCCAGCCAGACUGCUAUUUAACUCUGUUUUCGCAAGUAAUUGAGUGUUUGAAACUUUCUUUUCCCCCUCCUUCUUCUUCGUCUUCGUUCUAUUUUUUUUGUUUUCCUCUUGAUUUCUCCAUGAUGUCUCCAAUUUUAAGCUCACAAGGAGUAGUCUUAGCCACAGCCAUGGCGGUAUCAGGCACUGUAAUCCUCUUGGCCUUCUGUCGACAGAAGCCACUCCCAACUACCCAAUUCGCCGUUGCUCAGAAUUCCGACUCCACUCGUCCAGUUCUACGGUCUUGCAUCUCUUCCGAUGGGAAGAAACGAGACAAAAAGAAGAAAAGGGUUCACUUCGCAGAAGACGUAGUUGAUCCAAUUGGGAAUAGCGAGGAGUUCCGGAGGGAGCACAGCAGGAAAUCGUUGACGUUGAAUCAAGCUUGCAGGUCUGAGAACCGCAGCGUUGCCCAAGGAAUGCCUGCAAAUCGGAUGGUUCUGUACAAUGGAAUCCUCAGAGAUCGUUUGCAGAGAAUGGCCUGCUCCUAUUAAUUCCUGUGAAAAUUCGUCCUGGGUUUUAUUCUCUCAAAUUGUAGUUUUUUCUUCCUUAACUCUUAAUUGCUUUCGGUCCAAGGAGAAGGAAGACUGUUCCUUUCGGUCUAAAGAGAAGGAAGGAGGACUCUGUUUCUGUUCUUCGUCUUCCUGUUCUUCCAUUUGUAAAUAUUACCGCUUUAUCCUGACAGCUAGAGACAGACAUUGAUUGGAGAUUGGACCCUGUAGGCUCUUGAUUUUAAUUUUUGUCUAAAUGGGUUUCCAAUCAAUUCUCCAGUUCUUUCUGAGAAUGAAAUUUGCAGAAGUCUCAAGGGUUUAUUUUGGCAA